AGGAGGGGCAGAAGCCAUCACCCCAUCCCCCUUGUCUCCUCGUCCUCCAUCCCUCCUCCUCCUCCCCUCCGUGCUCUCCGGGGCCGCUGUCCGCCGGGCCCGUGCCCGGGCCCGGCCGUGCGGGUGCCUUCCCUUUCUAUCCGGUGAAUCCCGGCCCGAGAGGAAGAGGAGGGGUGGGGGCGGGAGCCGGGGCUUCGCAGGGGGCCGGCAGGGAGCUUGUGCCCUUCUUCAUGGCGAGGCCGGGGGAGAGCAAGCUCCCGAGGAGGGAACCGGGGAGCUGACUCAGCGGAGCAGUCCAGCAUGUUUUCCAGGGAGCACGGCUUCCCUGCCGGAGCCAGCGGAGGGAGAUCUGAGGAGGCAGUGCAGGGUUUUAGUGAUGUUAUAGACUCUCCCACUGAAGGCUUUCCAUGUGUCCUCACUCCUGCUGUUCCCAACAAGACUGUGGACUUGUUUGAGAUGAUUGAAAAAAUGCAGGGGAGUCGUCUGGAUGAACAAAGAUGUUCCCUUCCAGCUCCUCUCAAGACAGAAGAGGAGUAUAUUCCUUAUCCCAGCAUCCAUGAGGUAUUACAGAAAGGGUGGCCAUAUCCUCUCAUUAUCCUACCCCAGUUUGGGGGCUACUGGAUUGAAGGGACCAGCCACAACCUCUCCAGCUUGAGUCCAACUCUGUCUGAUGUACCCUUUUCCUGGAGUGGUAAAGUGAAACUGGAAAGUGACCCUACAGCCAAGCUGUACCGCAAACAUUUUCUGGGAAAGGAGCACCAGAACUUUUACUCCAGUGACAUGUCCUUGGGCUACCUAGUACUUUCUGUGAAGUAUGAACAGAUUGAGAAACAGGAAAAUCUCCGCCUGUUGCUGAGGACUCGUACUGGCACCAAACAUGAUCUAAUUCCUAUUUCCUGUCUGAAUGAGUUUCCCAAUGCUGUUCAGAUGGCAAAGCUACUGUGUGAGGAUGUGAAUGUUGAACGCUUCUUUCCUGUCCUCUAUCCCAAGGCUUCACAGCUUAUUGUUGCAUUUGAUGAACACGUCAUAAGCAAUAACUUCAAAUUUGGGGUCAUCUACCAAAAACCUGGACAGACAACUGAAGAAGAAGUCUUCAGUAACACAGUAGAGAGUCAGGGUUUCCUGGAGUUCCUGGAUUUCCUUGGUGACAAGAUUCAGCUGCAGGAUUUCCGUGGGUUCCGGGGAGGCUUGGAUGUUACCAGAGGUCAAACAGGCACCGAGUCAGUCUAUACAAAUUUCCGGGGGAAGGAGAUAAUGUUUCACGUGUCCACAAAGCUGCCCUUCACAGAGGGAGAUUCCCAGCAGCUUCAGCGGAAGCGUCACAUUGGGAAUGAUAUUGUAGCCAUCAUUUUCCAGGAUGAAAGCACACCUUUUGUCCCUGAUAUGAUUGCUUCUAAUUUCCUUCAUGCUUAUGUGGUAGUUCAGCUCACUCAUAGCACCACUGGGGACACUCUCUACAAGGUUUCAGUCACAGCCCGAGAUGAUGUCCCCUUCUUUGGACCGCCGCUGCCAAAUCCAGCCAUAUUUAAAAAGAGUGCAGAGUUUCGUGAAUUCCUUCUGGUCAAGCUCAUCAACGCCGAGUACAGCUGCUAUCGAGCUGAGAAAUUUGCUAAAUUAGAGGAAAGAACACGGAGUGCACUCUUGGAGAGCCUUUUUGAGGAGCUGCAGCUUCGCAGCCGCAGCAUGAUGGGAUUACCUGUAGGGGAGGAUGACAAGAUAGAGAAUGGCAGUGGGGGCUUCCUCGAGAACUUCAAGCGGGUGAUCAGAGGCCGCAGCCAGAGCCUGGAUACCAUGGGGAUAUCCAUGAGAAAGCAGCAGCCAGCCACCCUGCCCAGCCGCCCAGCUACAGCUGGCCUUGCCCUCAGCCAGAGUGUCGCCGAGGGCCCUAAGGCCAUUGCUGCGUCUUUUGCCUUGCCUGGUAGGAGCCCGUCACGUACUCGAGCCAGCCGCUUCCAUGGGCGACGGAGUAGUGCCAUUGGCAUUGAAAACAUACAGGAGGAAAAGAGAGACACCACAGAGAGAAUUCAAAGGGUGUUGGACAGUCCAGGAACUUUCUUUGACCUGAAGUCUGAUGGAUCAUCUAGUCCCAGCUCUCCAGAGUUCCCCAGCAGGAAGAGCAAAAUGCUCAGGAGUCAGACUUCAGGAUACUGUGUGAUGCAGCCACUCUCACGUUCAUCAUCCAGUGUAAGCAGUUGUUGUAGUGGAUUGAGGGAAAAUGGAGCAUCUGAGGAAGAGGAGAAUGACAGGGAGCUGACGUGCUCACUUAAGGGCCCUCCAAAACAGGAUUCAAUGGUUCAGAGUAUGUGGCUGGAUGACAGUGACUGCACACCCAGUACUUCUAGCUCACCAGGAAGCAGGUUGCUUCCUUCCAGCAGUGUUGCUGGCUCCACUGGAAAAGGAAAAGGCAGCAAAGCAGAGGCUCAGCACCAUAAUCCAGUAAGUGCUUUAAAUAAAAUGUUUCCUUCUCAUUUGCACAGAGAUAAGGACGGGAGAAAAGAGAGAGGCUUGAUUUAGGUGUUGCUUGCUGAGGGUUGAAAGGGCAGUAGGAAGGCGCUGGCAGGGGGAGGUUAAAGUGGUGCCUUGUUCUGCAGGCCUCCAUUUUGUGCUGUGUGUGAUGUCAGCGCUGGAGCACUGUCUGCUGCACGCAGGGUGAGGAGCACAGGUAAUGGACACAGGAGAGGAGAGCCACGGGCCCCUGGCCAUCCCUGCCUCUCUGAGACAGUGCAGCAAGUGCUGUACAGCUUCUCAGAAACAGAGUUUGUCCUUUACCUUCCUCCCCAAGCGAUCUUCCAUGGCACGUGACUCUGGCCUGUCUGAUUUACUUAAACGCUCCCUUUCCUGGCUGCCUCCUCCCUCUCAGGGAACAGCAUUUCCCAUUGAGAUUCUGUUCUCUACCCUAAUCUAGGCACAGUCUCUUUGAUUGUUCAGUUUCCUUUGCUCAGAUACGACCUAUCUUUCUCUGUGCCUAACCUCUGCUUUUUAUAAUAGUUUCAUUACUUUGCAGAACCCCUUUUUGUUGCUCAUUUUCUGAUGUUGUGCUUAUCUGGACACUUGCUUAUUUGCUUUCAGCCUAGCAUUGGUGGGACCUACUUGACCAUGCCAGUUUCACAGCUUUUCCAGACAUGGGAAGUGGGACUUGAUUUCCUGGUGAGGGAAAAGGGGAACACCACUUCAGGAUUAUUCCCUAGAAUUCAUAGUCCAGUUUUGUCUGUGUUGUUGAGUCUUUUUGCUCAUAGAAUUCAUAGUCCAGUUUUGUCUGUGUUGUUGAGUCUUUUUGCUCAAUGUCCCUUUCCUUGCCCAGUAUCUUCUCUGGCCUGACAGCUAAACAGCUGCCUUGAAAGUGGUGGGGAUGUGAGGUUCUCAGGAACUAGUUUGGUACGCAGCUGAGUAGAAGAAGAUCACCUUUAUGGAAGAAAAUUCUUCCAGCUAUUCCUAAACAUUCCUAAAUAGCUGGUAGUUCUUAUUGUUUCUGUUCAGAUCCUCAGAGCUCAAGUUUUAGCUGCCCUGCCACCUUGUGGCAUUCAGAGCAGUCAGGUGAACAGUUCAGCCCCAUGAGGUGGUGGCCACUGGCGCCACAGCAGAUCAGAGAGGGGAGCUGAUACUCGCCACUGAGGCUGCUUCAGUGCGUGCCACAGCAGAGAUCAGAACUAAGCAUGACAGUGCAGCUGCCAGCCACUGUUUACUGGGGUCAUCCCCAGAGUUUUUGCCAAGAGCUUGUGCUCACAGCAUGGCCCUGUAACACAGGAGCAAGGUUGUCUAAAUGAGGGGCAGAACUCCCUCAAAGUUCUGCUCCCAAACAGGCACAUUUUGCUCAGAAUAGGUAGAGAGUCAGAAUUGCAACAACCUGCAAACUCAUUGAUACAAAGGCAAAGGCUGGUGGCUAUUACAGGCAAUAAGCAAUGUAUCUCAGUAGUACUCAAGUAUGAUUUUAGUACCUAAGGUUUUGAGCAUGCAAUUUCUACUGAUUUGAAGUAGGUCAAAGAGCAUUUGAGAUAAUUUCGUGACAUAUAUUGCAGUCUGUAGGAUCCAUGUCUUUUGGUUCAUCUGCCAAAUCAACAACAUUCUGCCACAAAGGCUGGUUAUUUUUCAGUUGAUCUGGUUCAAACAAAGUUUCAUGAGACCCUGCUUUUCACUGUGACAUUAUUUCCAGAUGUUCUUUGAAUUCUCACCAGCUCCUUACCAGAGCACAUUAUUUCCCCAAAAGCGCAUUUUACAUUUUACCCACUCCUGAGAUAGCACUACUGACUUAAACUGAUGUUUUAGUAAUUCCAUUUUAUCACAACCUCUGAAUCAGUUUGAUAGCACAGACUGGAGACUAGCAAGUUGCAGGGGAGAAAUGGUAAAAAAUUUCUGCAACAUGGCUUCAAGGGACUGAAAGAAACCUAUGACACCCACAUCCAUGGUAACCUCCUUGUCAUUCUAACUCCUCUUAUCUCUCACAAAGUGUUCCUUAAGUUCCAGGCUGAAUUUGCCCAAAGACUAAUGGGUGCACUGGCAAAAAGGAGGAAGGACUCCUCCAAUCCUAGGGUAUUUCCUGAA